AUGGCCGCGUUUCCGCAGUGGACAAGGGUCGAUGACAAACGUUUUGAGUUAGCUCUGCUUCAAAUCCCGGAGGGUUCGCCGAAUUUUAUAGAGAAUAUCGCCUAUUAUCUCCAGAAACCGGUGAAGGAGGUGGAGUACUACUACUGCGCGUUGGUCCAUGAUAUUGAGCGGAUCGAAUCGGGUAAGUAUGUUUUGCCCAAAUACCCGGAAGACGAUUACGUGAAACUGACGGAAGCAGGUGAGUCUAAGGGCAAUGGGAAAAAGACGGGAAUUCCUUGGUCAGAAGAGGAACAGAGGUUGUUUCUGGAAGGACUAAAUAAGUUUGGGAAAGGAGACUGGAAGAACAUAUCGAGGUAUUGUGUGAAGUCAAGGACCUCGACGCAAGUGGCAAGCCAUGCUCAGAAGUAUUUUGCAAGGCAAAAGCAGGAGAGUACGAAUACUAAACGCCCGAGUAUUCAUGACAUGACUCUGGGAGUUGCGGUCAAUGUCCCUGGAUCCAACUUGGAGUCUACUGGCCAGCAACCACAUUUUGGUGAUCAAAUUCCUUCGAAUCAAUAUUAUCCCUCCCAGGAAAACUUUCGGGGUUUUGAUCAGCGAUGGUGAUGGGUGUAUGGCAAACUUAUACUACGCUUAA